CAAAACUCAUCCGCUUCGCAACAAUGAAGAAGUUCUCCCUCGGAAGGGAAAAGUUCUUUGGCUGAAGCAACAGGAACGUGGGAUGAUUGGAACGGGGUGAGGUGAAAACAGCGAACAACGAUGCUGAAGAGAGUGGGAGUUGUAGUCUAGAAGAAUAUUAUAUUCUUGUUGCAUGAUAAGGAAAACAUGGCGAAUUCAAGUUCUCUGCAUGCGGUUCCUCAAAUGACCUCCGCUCAGGCUCACCAGGCUGAGAUCCUGCAAAAUCCUUUCCGGACAUAUCUCCUGGGAAUCAUCAUCGCCAUAUGUGGCAAUGUCCUCAUCAGCAUUUCACUCAACAUACAGAAAUACGCCCAUGUCCGUCAGUCUCAGCGUGGCUCCAAGCCUUACUACACCUCUGUGUUGUGGUGGUGCGGUGUGGUUCUCAUGGGCAUUGGGGAACUGGGGAAUUUUGCUGCCUACGGUUUUGCCCCAGCAUCGCUCAUAGCCCCACUGGGUUGUGUGUCUGUCAUAGCCAGUGCUGUCAUAUCUGUGGUUUUCCUCAAGGAGACGGUGUGGGCCUCUGACAUUGUUGGUGGCAGCCUGGCAAUAACAGGAACCUAUCUCCUGGUGACCUUUGCCCCCCACAAUACCACACACAUCACAGCCCAACUGGUCCAGUACUAUGCCAUCAGCUGGCACUUCCUUCUUUAUCUUUUAAUAGAGACUGUAGUUUUUUGCAUCCUGCUCUACCUGUACAAGAGGAGGAAUGUGAAGCAUAUCGUCGUCGUGAUGCUGCUGGUGGCCUUACUUGCCUCUCUGACAGUCAUCUCAGUCAAAGCUGUGUCAGGGAUGAUAACAGAGACGAUAAAAGGCCAGCUACAGCUCAUCUACCCUAUCUUUUACAUCAUGCUUGUCAUCAUGGUCGUGUCCUGCGCCUUCCAGAUCAAAUUUCUCAAUCAGGCAAUGAAAAUGUUUGAUGCCACAGAGGUGGUCCCCAUCAACUUUGUGUUUUUCACUGCAAGUGCCAUUGUUGCCGGGAUAGUAUUUUACCAGGAAUUUGAAGGCUUGGCUUUACUUAAUAUUUUUAUGUUCUCAUUUGGUUGUCUUCUGUCUUUUCUUGGAGUUUUCCUGAUAGCACGAAGGAGGCCAAAGAUAAAGCAACCAGACCGCAAUUUUAUUGCAAUGGACAGGAUACCUGGGAGAAGGCACACAGACAAAGUGCAGCCUGAGGCAGAGAGUACAACAUAUGGAUCGCUGGCAGCCAAAUUCAUGUGCAACAGAGCUGGCCCAACAGAUGAUUCAUAGGAUCAGCUCCAUCUGCUGGGACUCUAAUUUUUCCUGGGUACAUCAAAACCAUCUAUCUAUAGAAAGAAAUGAACCAAUGCCAGUAGCACAUGAGUACUGGUGACCAUAUUGGUGUAAAAUUUUACAUGUAAAGUGGGAAGUAUCUGUCAAAAAUUGCCCAUAGAAAUGUUCUUUUGUGUUAGUUAGUAUCAGCAACCCUACCAGAAAUGUGAGAAUAAAAGGGAAAAAUUCUCCGAGGAUCAAAGUGAAACAUCAA